GAGAAGCUGAAGAAGGAGCUCCUGGAGAAAGGGAAGGAGCUAGUCCAGAGCAGAGAGGCCGUGGCGAGGGCCGAGGAGGAGCUGGCGGCCCUACGGGUUCUGGCCCAGGAGAAGGGGAAAUCCGAGGAGAGCUGGAAGGAGCAGAUGUCCCGCUGCCUCCAGGACGCGGAGCGGAAGAACAGCCUCCUCGGCAGCCUGGAGAAGGAGCUGUCCCUCACGCGCCGGCAGCUGCUGGAGAAGGAGGCGGAGAGCAAGGAGAUGCGGCGGCUGGCUGUGGCCGAGUCCGAGAAGAGCAAGAAGCUGGAGGAGCGGCUGCGGCUGCUGCAGUCCGAGAUGGCCACGGCCGCCUCCCGGGCCGCCGAGCGGUGCUCCACCAUGAAGGCCGAGGCCCAGGGCUACCAGAAGCAGGCCGAGGAGCUGCAGGGCUCCUCGGAGGCCCAGAGGAAGGAGCUGAGCGCCCUGGCCAAGCGCGAGGAGGACCUCCGCAAGGAGUUCCGCGCCCUGCAGGAGAAGGCCUUCCAGAAGGAGCAGAUCCUGGUGGCCCUGCAGCAGGAGCUGACCGGCGCCCAGGCCACGAUCGGGGAGCUGGCGCCCGUCAAGGGCCUCUACCAGCAGCUGCAGGCCGAGCAGGCGGCCCAGAAGAGCCAGCACCAAGAGGAGCUGGAGCGGCUGUCCAAGGACACCGGCGCUUUGCAGGCGGAGCUGGCCCGCACCAAGCAGGAGCUGGCGGAACUGCUUUCUCUGAAGGAGAGGGUCCCCGAGCAGGAGCGCCGCGUGCAGCAGCUGCAGACGGAGAACGCCGGCUACGCGGAGAGCCUGACUGCUCUGCAGCGGGCCCACGCCCAGCUGGCCGAAGAGAAGCGAACUCUGGCCGAGCAGGCCAGCCACGGGCAGCAGCGCCUGGAUGCGGAGCUGGCCCAGGCCAAGCAGAGGCACGCCCAGGAGCUGGAGGAGGCCAGGCGGGAGGCGGAGAAGCUGGUGGCCGUCAGCAAGAAGGAGGCUGAGGAGGCCCAGAAGAAGCUGGAGGGGGUGACGGCCAAGUACGAGGAGGCCAGGCAGAAGCUGCUGGUGCAG